AUGUACGGUAGAGGCAGUCAAUGCAAACGAGUGUCAAAGUUCAUUUACAUCAAAACAAUGAAGACUGCAUCGAGUACAACGGUGAAUAUACUGUACAGAUAUGGAAUAAAACAUAAUUUGACUGCACCACCUGGCCCUUUGUGGAUAUAUCCGAAUGACAAUGGAACGAGGCUGGACAUAAAUAAAUAUACGUGUUCUAAUUUCACUGGAUUUGAUUACAUCGCUAACGAUAUACGCUAUAACAGACCAUUGAUGGAAGAUGUUAUACCCAACGCCAAAUAUUUUACUAUUCUGCGAGAUAACUAUACACGAUUAGAAUCCGUUUUCAAUUUUUUUAACUGUGGACGUGAAAUGGAUAAGCAUGCAAUUGCUAGCCCCUUCAUGCAUUACAUACAACAUUCAUUUAAUUUCUCAAAACAGGCAUACCCAGCGUGUACUCAUCAACGAAGAAAUGGUAUGAUGUGGACACUGGCAUUGGAUUAUGGCUAUCAAGACAAUGACACUGCCAUACAGCUUAAAAUUGAUCAACUGGAUCAAACAUUGGACUUAGUUAUGCUGGCGGAAUAUUAUGACGAGUCUUUGAUUUUGCUGAAAAAAAUAAUGUGCUGGAAAGAAGACGAUAUUUUGUAUUAUAGUAUUAACGUGAGAAGAAAUAAACUAAUAGUAAAAACUAUUAGUCCAGAAAUCAAAAAUACAAUUGCGAAAUAUAACAAGGCAGAUAUAUUGUUAUAUCAACAUUUUAAUCGUACUUUUUGGGAAAAAGUUGAAAGUUAUGAUGGACAUUUUGAUGAAGAUCUCAAACGAUUUCGAUCAAGACUAGAUAAUGUUUCCAAGGAGUGCUCACAACGAAAAAAACCUACAGGAAUUUCUUGCUGGCAAUUACAUGCAGAGGUGCCUCCACUGCGACAAUUAACAUUAGAGAAACAAUUGGAAAGGUGGAAUUGCUGA